AUGCGAAAAGCAGGUGAAGUCACUUUUGCCGAUUGUCAUAAAGACCGCGAUGGGGAAGGUGUGGUUGAGUUUUCCUCAUAUGAAGAUAUGAAGAAUGCUAUCAGGAAGCUUGACGAUACCGAGUUGAAGGGAAAACGUAUUAUUCUUCGCGAGGCACCGGAUAAUGACACUGACCGUGACCGCGACCGUCGUCGUCGUUCCAGAUCUCGUUCUCGAUCUCCUCGCCGUCCCGUUCAAGAUCCAAGACUCCCCCUGCUAACGGUAAAGAUCAUAGCUCCCGUUCACCCUCUCCUCGUCAUGGCCAUGAAGAUUCUCAUAGUCCAAAAAGGAGUCGAACUAGAAGUGCCGAACGCGGUCGCGACGAUGACAAGUAAGCUUUCUUUUAGCGUAUAG